CUUCAGCCGGGCAUCAAUAUUGAUGCGAUGAUUUACAUGCGAUUGUUUUUUGCUCAUUAUUAUGAGUCUUUUUUUAUUUAAUUAAAUCAGUUUUAUUAUUAUUAUUAUUGAUUACAUAUAGUUUCAUGUUUUAGGUAUUCAUCAAUAUGGUCAAUAUACGACAAUCUGAAUUAACAUGUCUAAAGGAAUUGAAAUUCAUCCAAUUGAAAAGCUAUCAAAUAACAUCGGAAAAUGUGGGUGGGUCAGGCAACUGUUUAGUGAUUGAACAUCGGAAUCAAAGAAUAAUAAUAUGCUGCCGAAAUGAAUUAAUUUCUGCACCGCUUGUUAGCUUGCUGAACUUUGAUGUCUGGAGUAAAAGUUUUUUGAAACAUGUGGAUCCGAAUAUUCCGUCUAAAACUGUGAUUAUUAUCGAUCAGGUACACGUUUCAAAUCUAAUAUCGAUCUCACGCAAAGGAUACGGCACAAAAUUGGCUGUCGCUUGUCAUAGCCCUACACAACCAUCGGCACUUAUUUAUUUUUAUCAUACUGAUUCAAUCGAAGAAACCAAAGAAAAAACUGUUCCAUUCAAUCAUUUCAACUUUUCGGUCAAUACGGUGACUAAAAUCCGUUUUAUAUCCUGGCAUCCCGAAAUGAACGAUAAUAUAUUUGCCUGUUCUCUGACCGAUGGUUCUUUUUUUAUCAUUCAUAUUGGCGAUUAUCCCAGCAAAACUUUAGUCGUUUUAUCUCAACUGCAAGCUGCCAAUUGUUAUGUUUCGACUUUUUGUUGGAGUCCGAAGGGCAAGCAAAUUGUCAUCAGCGAUGGUACUGCUAGUUUCGUCCAAUACAAAUUUCAACUCAACGAACAAAAUCUUGUGCUCAGUAACGGAUUACAGGAAACAAAAAAAAUUCAAUUGCCUGAAAGUUUUCAGCGUUUUCGUGUGAGCAAUAUUUUCUGGCUAUCCACAUUCAAUUUUGUCAUCAUUAGUAGAAAUGAUGAAGCUGAUGAGACCUGUUUCAUAUUAGUCUCUAUACCAUCAUCUAAAGCAACUGGUGCCGAUGCCGUAAUGAAGAUUGUUGAUUUCGGGCGUCUUAUUAUUGAAUGUCCUGAAGAAUCGAAUGAAUCAUUUGAAGGAAACAUUUUUCCCUUAGAAAAUUUGAUAUUUUUCUUCACAAACAAAUCAAACGAAUUUGCCAUGAUUGGUUCGACAUCUCCUGAAUUAACUGUUGCCGAUAAUUGGUCUGAACUCACUAACGAUGAUGGUUAUCGGUUGAUGUUUUCAGAAGCAGAUCAAUCUUUUCAAAUUCGUGGCCUAUCAUUCGCUCAUGGUACACCGAAACAAUUUCAGCUUUCAACAUCGAUCCUUAAAGGUGGAAUCCAUCAACCAUUUGCAUUGGCUUAUAAUUCUCUUGGACAUUUGACAUUAUUUUUAAUCGAUUAUGAAAAUGGUUCUGAAUUCAUCAAAGUGCCUACAGCUCCUAAAUGUGUCAAACCACAGGUAGCAGUGCAACAACAACCUACACCUCCUGUUUCCACUAUUAACUUGCAGUUACAACCAGUUCCUAUGCCAUUAAUCCAAAAAUCGGUAACAGCAACAACGUCAAGCAUAUUAAUCGGUGGUAAUAAUCAACAACAACUGUUCUCUACAACAACAAUAGGAUCAAAUCAAACUCCCAAGCUUGAAUUUAAUUCAAAACAAAAUCUUUUCCCUUCAUCUUCAUCAAUGGGCUUUAAUCAAAAACCUAUUUCACCUGAAUCGGAUAAAGUGUUAUCAAUGAAAUCACAAGAAUUCUCAAAACAAACACAGUUGCAACAACAUCAACCCCAAAAGAAAGAAGGUGAAAUAGUUCGUAACAUCGAAGAUUUAUAUUCAGAAGAAAUUCUUAACAACAUAAAAGAAUUCGACCACCAAUUGCGGCAAUCAGUGCAUUCAUUGCAAACUCUUUUGCGAAAAACGACCAUUGGCUCGAACAAAAAACAGGAUCGGCUUAAAUUCGAUUCGAAAUUUAUUACGGAAAUGUUGGAAAAUAUAUCAUCAUCUUAUGGUUCAUUUAAUCACGAUGUCAACGAUCUUCAGGCCUCUUGCCUUGAGCUUCAAUAUUUGAUGGAAGAGAGCCGUACAUUGAUGGAUCGUCAUAAUGAUCCUAAAUACAGACACAUAUUGCAACAGAAAAAUCUUGACCCGUUAACAGCUCGUCGUUUGAAAGAGAUUCAAGCAUUGAAAGAUUAUAUUGAAAUUCAAUUACGCGAAUUGAAUAACAAGUUUGAUUUGGAAUGGCAAGAAUGGUUACAACGGAUUAAGCUGCUAGGAUCUUCGUCAACAUCUACAUCGUUUCAUAAUCAUCGACAUUCAAAUUCUGCCAUUCGUGAUCGUUCCUUGCCAACGUGGCCACAUUCAUCAUUUAUCACCGAUGAAAAAAACAACAAUUAUGAAAAUUGCAAUAUUAUCAGUGUUGGAAAAUCCAAGAAUGUCUCCGCCAUUGUGUGCAAAGCAUUGAUCAAUAAUCAGCAGUUGAUUGAAAAUCUUAAAUUACAGAUUAAAGAUUUGAUGAAAAAAUUUGUCGACCAACAAGGCAGAAUGCCGAAUGGAUCAUCAUCUUUUUCUUCAUGUAAGGAUAGCAAUGAUUUACAGGAUUUGAUUCGAUUGAUUGGCAAUGUUUCAUUGAUGAAAUCAUCUGUUGUCACAAAUUUAAAUGUAACCAACACUAGUGUUACUUGUAAAAAAGAACGCUACUAUCGCGAAUCAAUUACUGUACAAUGUAUGCAAUCUGAUCGUAAAAUAUCAUUACGGAAUUUCCUUGAAAAUCGUCACUCGAUUCCGAUACGUGUAUGUCGACAGAUUCAACUUGGUCACGGUUCAUCAUAUACUAAUCAAAAAUCUCGUUUUGCUUCGGUUUUGGAAAAAAUCAAAGAACGUCGCAUUAUGUUAGACAAAAAACAACAAAAAAAUACAUCAUCCAUUCUGGAGGGUGAUAAAAAUAACGAAACAACCGAAAACAAGGAAAAUAAAAUAAUUCAUACACAAUCAGUGUCAUCACAACAACCACGAGCAACAUCGAUUACUACAAAACCGGAUGUAGUUUAUCCAGCUAUAACCAACUCUAUAGUGGCCAACAGUAAACUCCAACAGCAACAAAAUUCAUCCAUUUCGCAAGCAUUGCCACAAUCACAACCACAAACUACAGCCGUUGUGACUUUACCGAAAUUUCAAACAAAUUCUAAUCUUGCAUCUUGGACUAUACCAACAGACUUGUUACACAGUUCGUCCAGUAAUAAUAUCACUACUACUAGUAGCCAUGAACAUAAAUCGAAAGAAAGUGCAAAUUUUGGUUUAUCUACAACAAAUACAUCGUUUUUCGGUUUUGGUGGCGGUCAAGCUGGUGAUAGUGAUGAUUGUAUUGAACAACAGAAAGCAGCAAGUACCUCUUUUCCCACGUUGUCCUCAUUAAUAUCAUCACCAACUAAUUCAACAACAAAGCCCUUUAAAGAUUUAAUUUCAACAGUAACAUCAACGACUUCAAUUUUAUUGCCGACGACAACGAUAACGACAUUUCCACAUGAAACAAAUUCCAGUUCCAUUGUUUCCGCUAGCCAUCCGGCUGCUAUUACAACACAAACUGUCACCACAUCAUCAUUUUUGACGUCUAAGAUACCAUCGUUUUCCGCUUCGAUGUUCGGAACUUUCGCAUCCAAUUCAGGUGGAGUAGAUUCGUUUUCGAACUUGAAUAUUUCCGGUAGUAAAACAACACCUUUUACAUCGAAACCAUUCCUAUUAAAGAAUGAUAAUGGCGAAAGUGAUGAUCAAAACAACCAUAAAGAACAGAUAGAAGCAGCAGGUUUGAAUUCAUCCAAAUCUCAAGAAUCGGUAGUUGACCAACAACGACAAGAAACUGUCACUACUACGACUUUGAAUUUUGUAACUAAACCAUCUUUUACCUUUGGCGGAACAUUGUCUAAGCUUAAUGAUCCGAGUAAAUCUUGUACAACUUUGACUGAAACAAAUAAAUCAAACAAAACGGUCUAUAACAAUUUGGUAACAACAAAGACAGAGGUUCCUAUAACUACUAGUAAAACUGAAACAAUAUCAUCAACAUCUACUGCAUCAGCUAUCUCUUUUGUUACUUCAGCUAAUAUUGAAUCAUCAUCAUCUUUAUCUUCCGCAUUGAAACCAUCGUUUCCAUCCUUUUCUAGCUCAUUGUUUGGUGAGUCCAAGCAACCAUCAUCGGUAACGGCAACAACAGUCACGACUGCUAUAACUGUUGCUCAACAAUCACAACCAUCGUUUAAUUUCAAUAAAACAUUAUCAAGUUUAUCGUUGAACUCUGGCAUUAGCAACACCUCUGUGGUAGUUACAACGACCUCAACUACAGGAGGAACAUCGAUAUUUGGAUCAUCGUUUGGUGGUAAUCUUCAAUCAUCAAAUUCUCAUUUCGGUCAACCGGUAGCAUCAACGACAUCGUCUUUGUUUGGGAAUUCGACGACAACUGGCGGAUUUGGAAAUUUUAGUUUUGGUGGCACCACUCAAUCAAACAAUCUAUUUGGACAGCAGCGAGUAUCAGCCGAAUCAUCAUUAUCGCCACAAACAAAAACCGAAACAUUAUUCGACCAACAACAACCAUUUCAGCCACUGACCAAUACAUCACCACCGGGACCAUCAUUUAGCUCGCCUCAUUCACCACCGGCAACUAAUGUGUUUGGUGGAAGUCCAUUGUUUGGUGGUGGCCCUACAUUCGGAUCAUCGGCAAUGUUUGGCGGUAUAGCAACAUUCGGUGGCGAACAAACGGCCUCUAUGCUAUCACCAUACAACAAUUCAAACCAUUCAUUUGGCAGUAUGGCUUUCAAAAAUGAACCAAUGCCUUCAUUUGAUUCAUUAGCCAAUGAUAAUAGAAAUCCUAAUUCAUCAUUGGCCAUUGGCUUUGGCCAACCAUCAGGCGGUAGUGGUGGACAUUUCUUUAAUUCGACAAUUUCACAGCAAAAUAGUGACGCCUUCACUCAACGCCGUGGAUGAUGAUCAUGAUCAAAAAUGAAAAUGAUUGUAGUCUUCAGGCCAAACACCGAAACAUAUGAUUAUUAUCUUUCUGUUAUCAUCAUCAUAUUCUUCAAAGUCGUCUACGUGAUAUGUUGCCGUCCUUUUGAUGAUGGACGAUUUCAUUCUUUUUUCAAACGAAUUUUAUUCAACAACCAAAAUCAUUGAUAUUCAACAGAGAACCUGCCUGUCUGCAUGCAUGAUCUUUGCUAUAUUUCAAAAGCUUAUGCGAGAUGGGAAACCAUUCUUUUUUUAUUAUUAUUACUCUUAUUAUUAUGUUGAUGAUAAUAUUUUUCAAACAAAACCAAACAAAAAACUGAUGCAAGAAUUGAAUUUUUUUUUCAAAUAAAAGCAGUCUACUUGUUUAGUCAGGUUGAUUGAAAUGAUAA